AUGGCAUUUGCACCAGAUGUUCGUCCUCCUGACUCAAAGAGGUUGGGUGCUGCGACAAGAAUUAAAAAAGGGCAAUGUCAAUGGGCGCGACUAUUUCCGUGGAAGGGGCGACACAAGGCGUCGUCUUCUCCAAAGGAAACUUCAUCAACGACGGAUGUUCGAAGUACUGCAUCCACAAAUGAUGGACCAGCAGUGGAGAACCCAAACCCGCGCGAUCAAGCUGCGAUUCCAUCUGAGGGUUUAGCGUCGCGAGAAACGCCGUCAUCUGGGCUGCCAAAGGAGAUUUCAAUGACAACACGGGGUCCUCCAAGUCCAAGAGAAUCAACCAAUGCUGCUGGACCAGCAGCUGCUGCAGCAGUGGAGAACCCAAACCCGCGCGAUCAAGUGGCGAUUCUAAUUGAGGGUAAGAUGCAAAGAACGCCGCCGUUUUCGCCAGAUUGUGCUAUUUACCAAGUCCCCGAGAGAUUUCGCAAUGGAAAUGAACAACACUACAAACCCCGGGUGGUCCCAAUCGGACCCUAUCACUCCUACCACGGAAGUUUCCCACAAAUGCAAAGCUAUAAGCUCAAAUACGUAGAGGCCUUCACCAGCCGAAACGGGCUCGGAUUCAUAGACCAAUGCCUUGGCUUUGUGAGAAGUUGCGAGAUAAGAGCCAGGAGAUAUUAUGUCGAGCCCAUUGACCUAAGCAGUGAUGACUUCUCCGAGCUGAUGCUGGUGGACGCAAUUUUUGUCUUGGAGCUUAUACUCAGGUAUCAGUUUCCCCAAUAUAUAGACGACGGCGAUCGAAUAUAUCAUAAGCCGCGGAUGAUAGCAGAUGUUUUCCUUGAUGUCGUGUUGUUGAUCGAGAACCAAAUUCCCUUCUUUCUUCUUGAGGGUUUGUAUGACCUUGUUGAUAGCCGCUACAAAGGAGAUCUCAGCUUCUUUGUGGAUCUUACGCAUGAGUUCUUAAAGGGUUACGUCAAAAUCGAUGACUUUCCUGGUGAUCACGCACCUGUGCCUCGAGUUGACCAUGGAGUGAAGCAUUUUGUUGAUUUUAUACGAUACUACUACUUGCCCCCGCCUGCUGUGGAGGGUGAAAAUCACGAUAGGCCUAUGGAGGGUGAAAAUCACGAUAGGCCUAGGGAGGGUGAAAAUCCCGGAGUUCAUCCUAGGGUUGAAGAAAUCCCACCAAGCGUGACAGUGCUAGACGAGGGUGAAAAUUCCGGAGUUCAUCCUAGGGUAGAAGAAAUCCCACCAAGCGUGACAGUGCUAGACGAUGCCGGAGUUCAGUUUGUGACAAGAAGAACAACCUUCUCACUUGACAUACAAUUCAACAACGGAAGUCUCAUAAUUCCGAAUUUUAGAGUUGACGAUUGGACGGAAACUCUCUUCAGGAACCUCAUCGCCUUUGAACAGUGCCACGAUCACCAAAUGAAGUACAUUUCGCAAUUUAUAUUCCUCAUGGGGGGCAUGAUCAAGACUUCAAAGGACGUGGACUUGCUCAUUGGACAUGGAAUUAUAUCUAGUAUGCUGGGGAGUAACGAUGAUCUGUCCACUCUAUUUAACUGCAUUGGCCAAGGGGUUGCGGUCAAUUCGAAAACUUAUCGUUACCUUGACCUUUCCCAAAGACUCAAUGCCUACUGCAAGGCUCGUUGGCACAGAUGGAAAGCAAUUCUGAACCGGGACUAUUUCAACACUCCAUGGAAACUUGCUUCUACUAUUGCUGCAAUUAUACUCCUUGUGCUCACACUCAUCCAAACCGUAUGCUCUAUCUUAUCCCGCUAAGAGGAGACAUUACGGAUCGACAACCAAGAACAAUCUUUUCACCAUACUCAUUAAGUUUCAUCCUCAUAAGCACUCAUUGUUUAUGAAUCUCCAUAUAUAAUAACAAAGUGUUUUAGUUCCAUUUAU